AAGCUGGGCAAUUUCUGGCUAAAAAAUGGCGGAUGAUAAGGAUUCUCUGCCAAAAUUGAAAGAUCUUGCUUUUUUGAAGGAUCAGUUGGAAAGUUUGAAACGAAAAGUUGAAAAUGAAGUACAGGCUGGAAUGGGGCAGGAUGGUUCUUGGCUGGCCUCUCCAUUUGUCAAAGGAUUUCUUGCUGGAUUUGUUGUAGCCAAACUAAGAUCUUCUGCAGUCAUAGGCUUUUUGGUGGGGAGUUGUACUGGAGUUUUUGCUGCUCAGACCUAUGCAAUUCCUGAUGUCGAAAAGACAAUCAAAGACUAUUUCAAUUCAUCCAGGAAAAGAUCAAAUUAGAAAUGCAACAAUAUUAAUGCAACAGUAUACCCCAGGGGGAAAAAUAAUCUUUCAGCUUCUCAUCUCUUUCAGUUCUACAUAGGUCAAAACAUUUACCGCCACUUUAGACAUUCUUAUUAACUGGAAAAGUGUUUUAUAAUGGACAAAUAAUAUUUCAGCAGGUCUGCUUUUUAAGGUUCACAGUUCUGGAAUGAAUCUGAUGCUGCUUGCUUCAACUGUCUUGGGGUUUAGAUCAGACGAGAGCCUGGUUUUGGACAGCAAGGCAGUCUCUCUCUAAUGGAGUGAAAAGCAACUGAUACAGCAUGCCUGGUAUAAGCCUGCCCAUGCCAGGAAACACAGUGUGUGAGAUACCAGCUUUCCUCUAAUCAUGUAUAUAUAUUAUACUGACAUGCAUUUCAUUUCUUUCCUGAUUUGCUGAUUUGAGUUCUUAUUUGUGCAGCAUCUACUUGCCACAAAGAUAGUGUAGAUUUCUUCUUUAAAAAACAAAAGGUGCUUCUCUUUUCUCUAUACAUCCUGAAAAUUAUCUCUGAAUAUUAGUUGUCUUUUUGUUGUUGUAUUUUUGGUAUUCAUUAAGUGAGUAUUGCUGAUCCUGACUUAUUAUCUCUAGUUGCUUUAUACUACUUUUUUUUAAUUUUAAUGGCUAGAUUCUUUGCCACCUCUAUUUUACUUUUAACUGCUUUAAAGAAACAAUUGGUAUUCUAAUUCUUCCUCCUGCACCAAAGACUGAUUCAGUACCCUUUCAGUACUUAUACUCAGGAGCCUUGUAUGCAGAUGGAAGCCCUCAGUGCUCACUGUAUGACCUGCCUUUGACAGAUGGCUACAUGUCACUCAGUUUAACCUUUCCUAACCUCACUUAAUCUUUCUAAAUUGCAUGCUUUGGGACAUUUCAGUUAUCUGUAGUGAAACUGCCGAAGGCACAAAAUCUUAAUCUCCAGAAAUUUCUUUUUUCACAUAUCUGUUUACUUGUUAAACUACCUUUUACUUAGGCAUUCCCCCCCCCACAACAAUUCUAUGGGCUAUGUGAGAGUGACUGUCCCAAAGUCUUCUGAUGAGCUGCUUUAAUCAGUUUUCCACCAUUACACUUUAAUCUUCUUUUUUGUUUUGCUGAAUGUGGUAAUUCAUCUAUCAAGAAGCCAGAUUCCUAGAAGGUGUCUCAUUUGAGUAUAUUUAUUAUAUAGUAAAUCUGUUCACUAAAUAAGUAUGUGUGUGUGUGCACGCGCACACGUGUAUGCACAUAAGAGGGCUGUCAUAACUGGGUUGCAACACACACAGUAGAUGACAACAAAGAUUUGGUGACUUCUUGCACUGGUUUCUCUCUGCAAAAUAUCUGUAGAUGCAUAGAGCUACUAUAUCUAAGCUGCAAAAUAUGGAUGAACCCUGGAUGGCAGCAAAUUUUGUGCAAGAUAUCAAGUCUUUUGAGAUAGUUCAAAGCA